AAGACUGAAUCCGGUGUGACCCACUGCAGCUAAAACUAUGGGUUCGGAGGUAAAAAUGGAAGCUCCCAUGUGUCUGAUUGAGAACUCUCCUGAUGGGAAAUUAUCUGUAAAUCCCCAAGCCAAGGAGAUCCUGUCCAAGAUCACUCAGCCAGUAGUGGUGGUGGCCAUUGUUGGGUUGUAUCGGACGGGAAAGUCCUACCUCAUGAACAAGUUGGCUGGAAAGAAUGCAGGAUUUGACUUGGGUGCAACCAUCGUGGCACAAACAAAAGGUAUCUGGAUGUGGUGCGUUCCUCACCCAACCAAGAAGAACCACACCUUGGUACUGCUGGACACAGAAGGCCUGGAAGAUGUACAAAAGGGUGACAAGAAAAAUGACACCUGGAUUUUCUGCCUUGCGGUUUUGCUUAGCAGCGCGAUGGUGUACAACAGUAAGGGGACCAUCGAUCAGGACUCCAUCGAGAAACUUCAUUAUGUGCAGGAACUAACUGAAAAGAUUAAAGUAAAGGCUUCUGAAAAUGAUGACGAGGAGGCUGAGUUUUCCAAACAUUUCCCCAUCUUCAUAUGGACAGUGCGGGACUUCACCCUGUCUCUGGAAGUGAAUGGAGAGAAGAUCACAGACGAUGACUACUUGGAGCAUGCUCUGGCGGUGAAGGAACCUGAGAGAACUCUGAGGGACCAGAUGCUCAACCUGCCGAAGAAAUGCAUCCGCAUGUACUUCCCGCGUCACAAGUGCUUCACAUUCUGCAGCCCCACCUCUAACCUGAACCUCUUUCAGAAACUCGAACAAGUUUCUGAUGAACAGCUCUUUCCUUCCUUCGUGGCAAAAGCAAAGCAGUUCUGUGAUUAUAUCUUCAGCUAUGCAGAAGUCAAACACCUGGAUGGGUUUCAGCCAGCAAAAGGCAACAUGUUUGGAAAUCUGGCCGAAAAAUAUACUGAAGCUAUUAACAAUGGCCAAGUCCCUUGUAUGGAGAAUGCAGUCCUUUACCUUUCUGAGAAUGAAAACAAGGCAGCAGUUGAGAAGGCCUCGGAAUACUAUGAAACUGAGAUGGACAAGAGAGUGGUGUUUCCUACAGAGACGAUGGACCAGUUCAUGGAUAUUAACAAAGAAUGUGAGGAAAAGGCAGUUGAUAUCUUCAUGGCAAGAUCUUUCAAAGACAAAGACCAUCACUUCCAGAAAGAGCUAAUGGGGAGGAUACAGAAGAAAAAGAACGAAUUUCUGAAGAAAAAUGAGGAUGCUUCUGUUGCUAAUUGUGAUGAUUUGCUUGCAAAGUUAUCAGAAGACCUAGACAAAGCUCUCACUGCUGGGUCGUACGUUGUUCCCGGCAGCUAUCAACUAUUUAAGCAGGAGAUGGAUAAGAUUGUUGGAAAAUACAAUGAGGAUACAAAGAAAGGCAUUAAGGGCGAUGAGGUUCUUCAGAAGUUUCUGAAGAAUAAGGAGGCGACUGGAGACACAAUUUUGACAAGUGACAAGGCCCUUGAUAAAAAUGAGAGGAUUAAAGAAGCUGAAAAGGCAAAGGCUGAAAGCUUAAUGAUAGAGCAAAAAGUAUCUCAAGUGAAGGCAUCUCAGGAAGAGCAGAAGGUCGACAACCAAAUGAAAUCCUUUGAGAUGAACUUCCAGCGACUGUUGGAGAAACUUCAAGCUGAAAAAAUGAUGAUGAGGGAGCAAAUUGAACGGCUAGUGUCUGAGAAGAGGAGGGAAGAAGAACUCCUGACACGCCAAGGAUGUGCCCGGCAAGCCAAACUCUACGCGGCACAGAUCAGUGAUCUUGAGAAGGAGAAGGAGCAAGCGGAUCAGGAGACUGCGUGGUAUACGCCCGUAUGGGAGAGCUUGAAAAGUGUAGUAGUAGAUGUUGCACCUUCCCUUUUCAACUUUGGUGCAGGGAUGGUGAAAAAGGCGAUUUCUAGUUUCCAAAACAAGGAGAAAGAAGAAAAGAAGAAUAACAAAGAGAAGGGCCCGCCCAAACCAAACAAGACCACCAAAUAAAGUUGGCUGAAGCUUUAUAAGCAGCCAAUAAUAGCCAAGUGUAGUCAGCUUAGGGUGAAGACACACAGAGCUACUAGUAGCAGCUACUUGUCACGGCAACUAAAACAGACAAUGCUGAUCAUUUGCUUAUAAUUGUCUCUACGUGUGUUUUA